AUGAGAAUAGUGGUGAAAAUUUCGAAGAAACCUCUUCGAUUACAAGCAAGAAAUAUUGUUUUCAAUGUUUAUCAAAGAAUGCUUGAUGAACAAGGUACAGAACAAAGACAAUCAUCGAUAUUGAGCCAUGUGCAAGCGUUGACUGGUGUUUCUAAUACUACCAUAAGACGAAUUGUUGCUGAAGGCAGAUCUAACAGAGGUGUAUUUAGUACACCCGGUAAAAAAAGGAAAGGUGGCAAAAAUACUGCGCCUUCCUCGUCUUCCUCUUCCGAUGAAGAUGUUUUAUGGAUGUGCAGUAUUUGGAACCAUUUUCAAAUUCUAAUAGCCUAUAGUUAA